UCCUCACACGUGUCACAUCACCCCAUCCUUUUCUCCCUUUACUCUCAUCUAUUUCACUCUCACUUUCUCCUUCUCCAGAUUCAUAAUACUCGUAUCCCUUUUUUUCUCUCUGCAACAAAAAUGGCCGAUCAACAACCCAGCUACGGCCGUCCACAAAGGCCACCAACUCGAUCCUCCGGAUUCCACAGCAAUAUGACUACGCCUUCAUUCCUCCGCAAAUUGCAAGAACACGUCCCUAAUUCCACCCAACUCGUCGGAUUUCUAACCCUGAUUAUCUCCGGAGGGAUUUUGCUCCUUCUCACUGGCCUUACACUUACCGCGAUUAUUUUGGGUUUAAUUUUCUUUACCCCUUUGGUUCUAAUCUCGAGCCCGAUUUGGGUUCCUGUGGGUACUGUUCUGUUUAUAGCCAUUGCGGGAUUUCUAUCUGUCUGUGGAUUUGGGGUUGCCACGCUGGCGUCUCUAUCUUGGUUAUAUAGGUACAUUAGGGGAUUUCACCCACCCGGUUCGGACCGGGUUGAUUACGCGAGAAGUCGGAUUGCUGAUACGGCUAGUCAUGUGAAGGAUUACGCUAGGGAAUACGGCGGCUACCUUCAUAGUAAAGUGAAGGAUGCAGCUCCUGGUGCUUGAGCUGAACCGUUUCUAUAAGUUUGUUUGAACCGGGUUAAUUUUCUCGAGAUUUUGUUCACUUCUUUUUUAGAAAAAUAUAUAAAAUCGGAUUUUUCUUGUUGAUUAAUUUUAUCUGGAUUUUAAUAGAGGUAUAAUGGGGGCCCUCAGAGAGGAUAGAAAUGAUGAUGUUUGUAACCGGGGCAUCAUAAUCUAUUUAUUUUUGUUUGCUCAAUUAUUUGUUGCAUUCAAUUAGUGUCUCAAGCUCAUCAACAAAGGCAGCUCUUGCUCCAGCUAUCCCCGAGUCCCUGGGAAGGUUGUUUUCCAUAUGAAUUCACUAGUUUAUUCUAAACCCCAAUUAAGGAAUGGUAAUAUUAACUAGAAUUUAACUUGCUAGGAAAUUGAUGAGUAACUUUCAGUAGGGACUUGAAAGUGCGUCAAACUGGAUCCUACUUGUGUUUAAAUGGGUUGAAGGUGUACUCCUUUUAUGGCACUUUUGAACAAAUA